CCGUCGGCCAUUCGCGCCAUUUUUCCGCCCGAGAACCGAGCCACAUUGAAGCAUGCUGAGGGCGAGAGUAGCUCGAGUAGCAGCGCAGGCGAGGCCUGUUGCACGUUUGCCGAGCAGACGCUAUGCUUCCAGUGCCGAAAAGGCAACGGAGACCAUCAAACAUGCCGCAAGCCGAGGAGGUGACACGACCUGGAUCAUCGGAUCUGGCUUGAUCUUCAUUCCGACGGUCAUCUACCUCACCUCGCCCCCUCACAAGAAAGAUCACGUCGAGCACUACAAGGAACGACAUCAGACCCGUGAAGCUCAGCGACAGGCCACAGAGGACUACUACGAGGACCACGAUGAUCCUGAGGACGAGGUGGCAGAUCAUGUUGGUCCUGCCGGUGAGGGUAAGGAUCACGGAGACGGUGACAAGCACCUCCGUAGCAAGAGCGAAGCGGAUCAUACCGGCCGACAGAAAGUCACCACUGAGCCCGGAUACAUGCGUGCUAGCGCAGACAAGAUGGCGCAAGCUCAAAAGGAUUCCACAAAGGGCCAGAGUGAUCCAAAGGCCAGCGUGGCAGCUCACAAGACCCGCGAGAUGGACAAGAAGGCGGGAAAUAAGCCCAAAGAUGACCCGAAAGCAAAGAUCGAGGUCAGAGAAGAGAACAAGACUGACGAAGAAAAGUCAGACGAAGAGGAGGAGAAGGAGGAGGAAUAG